AUGGUUUCCUUCAGUACCCUCAUCCUUCUCCCUACCCUUUUCCUCGGCUCCGCCCUCGCAGGAAUGAACUGUAAAUGCCAAGACUCCCGCGGCCAGUUCAACGAAGCCACUAGGACUUGCUGUAGCAGGCAGAGUAACCCCUUGACGUACUUCCCCGGACCGAACAAUCAGUGCGCGAACCCCGCAAAUGGGAUUGAUAGCGGUGCUUUUGAGACUUGCUGCAAAUCAUUGGGCGUCGAAGCUGCUUACUGCUGGGUUUAG